CCAUUAUGCUGAAGAACGUUAACAGUAUCACGAAUAUAUUUCCUUUUGUUAAAGUGGUAUGAAAAUGUUCAGCAAAUUUUCUCGGCGAUUUUUCCACCUUUCUUGUUGUACAAGAAAUGUAAGAGUUCGAUUUGCUCCCAGCCCUACCGGUUACAUUCAUUUAGGAGGCCUCCGAACAGCGCUGUAUAAUUUUUUAUUCGCGAAAGCCAAUAAUGGACAAUUUAUUUUGCGGAUUGAGGACACAGAUCAGAAACGUUUAGUACCUGGAGCAGCAAAUCAGUUAGAAAUGGAUUUAGACUGGAUGGGUCUAUCACCCGAUGAAAGUCCAAUGAAAAAUGGAACUUUUGGACCUUAUACACAAUCUGAAAGAUUGUGUUUGUACAAUCAAUUUGUCGUAGAGUUAGUUAAAAAUGGGCAAGCAUAUCACUGCUUUUGUUCUGAGCGAAGAUUAGAAUUUGUCAAAAAAGAGGCCAUAAGAGAGGGUGCCAUUCCACGGUAUGAUAAUCGUUGUCGUCAGCUUUCCAAUGCUCAGGUUGAAGAAAAAAAACAACAUGGGAUGUCAUCCUGCAUAAGAUUCAAGUUAAGUUCUUUAGAAGAACCUCUUCAGGAUUUGGUAUACGGAGACAUUGAUCGCAAUGCUGUUUUACAUGAAGGCGAUCCAGUGAUCAUGAAACAGGAUGGUUACCCGACUUACCACUUGGCUAACGUAGUAGACGAUCAUCUUAUGGAAAUUACCCACGUAUUGAGAGGAACAGAGUGGCUUGUUUCUACUCCAAAACAUAUUUUGUUAUACAAAGCCUUUGGAUGGCAUCCACCCCGGUUCGCUCAUUUGCCGUUAAUAACGAAUGCAGACGGCACGAAAUUGUCCAAAAGACAAGACGACAUUAGGCUGGACUACUUCAGAUCUCAAGGGUUUUAUCCGGAAGCCAUAAUUGGCUUACUUUGCUUAGUCGGCGGAGGUUUUUCGUCGUCCAUAGACAUUCAACAAAAUUUGCAUUCACUCCCUGAGCUGGCUAAAGCGUUUAAUCUAGGCUGUGUCACAACACAUUCAGGAAGGCUUGACAUGCCUCGACUCGAUCAUUUUAAUCGAUUAGCUCUGCAAAAUCGCAUUAGCCAACCUGACAAAAUUGAUGAAAUGAGAAAACAGCUGUCCCGCUUGGUUUAUGAGAAUAUCCCUAAUUCGUCAAUCGAUAAGGAGAUGCUGCAAGAUGACAGUUUGUUAAAGGUUCUUCAUUGGGCAUCAAGUGAAGGCCGAAUUCAUCUCUUACGGCAGUUGACAGAUCCGCAUCUAGGGUUUUUGUGGAGUUCCCAGCGAAAUCCAAUCAUUUCAAAAAUCGAUCCAUUUACAGCAAGAAACGUCAUGGUUCGAGUUGUUGAAAUGUUAAACCAAUGUGAUCGUAUAGAAAAAAAGGAAGUGUCGGUUAUCUUACGACAAAUUGCGCUGGAACAUAAAUUGAAAGUAAAUGAAGUUAUGAAAUUGAUGCGGUCUUCCUUAACAGGACUCAAAGAAGGACCACCAGUCAGCGAAAUCAUCGAAAUUCUUGGCCCAAAGAUAUGUUCUGAUCGUCUAGUUUCCAGUCUAAACCUAAUAAUUUGAUAUAAUUAUGGAGCAACAGAUGUAGACCAUACACGAUGUAAAUUAAU